AUGAAAGAUUUUGUGCGAAGUAGUGCUGCCAAUGUUUCUUAUCAAUCUCCAAGUCAAGAACGGGUAACUGAUAAUACGGAAGUCGAUAAAUUAAAAAAGGUAAAGAAUCAGUUGCAAACAGAAUUAAAAGUCAAGUCAACAUCCAAGAUCACAAUAGAAUUACUCGACGAAGGCAGUGCUUCUGAAGCAAGAAAAAACUUAUUUAAAGGACAAAUACCUGCUGAAUAUCGUUUGGAUUAUAACAAAAUGUUUAGCGAGCAAUCGAAAACCAUAUAUGAAAAAUUAAUACCCGAAAUUAUGAAUAGACACAUUAAUCCUUCGGUCACUCAAUUAUCAGAUUGGUUACGUUCGAUGCAUGAGCACAAAAAGAGACCAAUUACGAAAAUGUAA